UUCACACUAAACGAACGGACUGCAGUCUGAUUUUCUUGGCGUAAAUUACUUUUAUUACGCUUCUGUUACAGCCAAAUGAGCAAUGGAACGAUGAAAAAGGUUGGACAGACAUCAUCUUCAAGCAAAAAUAACGACAAGUCAGAUUCUUCUGUUGAAGCAAAAUUUCUCCCAAAUCCUACCUCCAAAACUCCCAUUUCUGCUCUCUCUCCACAUGUCCCAGAAUUUGUCCCAAAGUCUUUUGCAUUGAAGAAAGAAAGUCCAUCCAUUCAAUAUUUAGAAGAAAGGUCAUCGCAAGAAAAGCCUCUUAGUAAUGUUCAGGCAGUGGAGGGGUUGUCAAGGAAACCUGGAGUCAGUGGUGAGCCCAGCAGCCGAGGAUGGUGGGAUGAAGCACCGUUAAAGAUGAUGGACAGCAAAGAAUUGGAAGGAUAGGGGCAAGUAGAGGAAGAGGUAGAGGAAGGACGGCAUGGAUGAACAACACCCCAAACCAGAAUAACAGCAUACAAAGUGUUGAACCAAAAGAUCUUAAAGUCUCAGAUCAAGAUAAUGUUAAACGAAUUGGACGUGGGCGUGGUUGUCGGAGCAAUAAUUUGGACCAUGCUGGAAUUGCUGUUCCUAAAAAGACUUCAAAUUCGGGAGAARUUUCGACCAGUAAUAAACAUAGUAACCUAGAUUUAAUGGGAAAUGAAAAAGAAAUAGAUGGGAGUUCAAAAGCAGAAGAUGAUGGAUGGAUUGUAGUUGGAAAUAAAAAGAAAAUGGARGAACAGAAGGGUUCUGAAAAAGGAACAGAUGAAAAAAUGAGUACUGGCAAUCAAUUCAGUGCAAAGUUGAAAAAAUUGAAUAAAAGGGAUGAUAAGGUGAUUGUGAUAAAUUCUCAACAAAAAAUGGAAAGAUGGAGAAGGAGAAGAGACGAGAAGAAAGAAAGAAGAGUGGACAAUAAUGAACAGAAAAGAAAGACUUUUGAAGAUAAAGAAAUUACUUCAGAAAAUAUAAUUACACCGAACGAUUUUGACAGACAAAGAAAACAUUAUGAAGGAAAGAGCAAAGCUGUCCUGAAUAGUGUAGGUAUUGAAUCUGAAAGUACAACUAACAAGACUACUCAAGAGAAAGAACCAAAAAAGGUAGAAAUUGUAAAGAUAAUAAAAACUGAACAAAAUCAAAAAGAAAUGAAAAUUUUGCUGAAAAAGAACAAUGAGAGGAAAUUGCCCCAUGAGGAGGAAGCAGUUUGCAAAGAUCCUGGAUUUGAACUUUGUGAAGGUGAUGAUGAAUUCCCUGACUUACAAGCCUCAAGUAAAGCAUCAAGUACUUCUCUGGCCAGUGAUUGGUUGUCGGGUGGGAGUAGAAUGCCRAUUAUAUCUUACAGUGCUGUAUUGAAGGCCAUGCCAAAGCCUAGG